GGUUGCUUCAGAAGUGGAAGGCCAUGGCUAUGCAGUAUUACAACACUUUGGCCCUGCUAUUUUCUCUUCUAUAUCAUUGUGUGGCUGCUGAGCAAGAUGGGUUGGGAGCGUCUUUUAUAUUUGGAGAUUCUUUGGUAGAUGCAGGGAACAAUAAUUAUCUUUCAACUCUGUCAAAGGCAAACAUUCCACCUAAUGGUAUAGAUUUUAAGGCCACUGGAGGAAAUCCCACUGGUCGAUACACUAAUGGAAGAACCAUUGGUGAUAUUGUUGGAGAGGAGCUCGGACAACCAAAUUAUGCAGUGCCAUUUUUGGCUCCAAACGCAACUGGCAAAGCUUUACUGUAUGGGGUAAACUACGCUUCAGGGGGAGGAGGGAUUCUAAACGCAACUGGAAGAAUAUUUGUUAAUAGGAUUGGAAUGGAUGUUCAGAUAGAUUACUUCAGCAUAACAAGAAAGGAGAUUGAUAAAUUGCUAGGCAAAGCAAAAGCGAGGGAGCAUAUUAUGAAGAAAUCCAUAUUCUCAAUCACAGUAGGAGCAAAUGAUUUCCUCAACAACUAUCUUCUCCCGGUACUCUCCGUCGGAGCUAGAAUCUCUCAAAGCCCAGACGCCUUCAUCGACGAUAUGAUCACUCACUUCAGAUCCCAGCUUACUAGACUGUACCAACUGGAUGCUCGGAAAUUUGUGAUCGGUAACGUUGGUCCUAUAGGAUGCAUUCCCUACCAGAAAACAAUAAACCAGUUGAACGAAGACGAGUGUGUGGAUUUGGCUAACAAGCUCGCACGACAAUAUAACGCACGACUGAAGGAUUUGCUUGCUGAGCUGACAGACAACCUUCCUGGAGCCACCUUCGUGCACGCAAAUGUCUAUGACUCGGUGGCAGAACUCAUCAAAAACUACAAAAACCAUGGGUUUGUAACAGCAAGCAAAGCGUGCUGUGGAAAUGGGGGGCAGUUUGCAGGAAUAAUUCCGUGUGGACCAACAUCAAGCAUGUGUUCAGAUAGGGACAAGCAUGUGUUCUGGGAUCCUUAUCACCCAAGUGAAGCAGCAAACCUAAUACUCGCCAAACAGCUUCUGGACGGAGACAAGAGAUACAUAUCUCCUAUGAAUCUUAGGCAACUUCGAGACCUUUGAUUAAUGUUUUUUCCCAUUCCGUACCUCUCUGUCUCUCUGUGUAAUGCAUCCUGCCUCUAAUGAAUUCAACUAUAAAUAAAAUAAAUAAAUAUUAUGUGUUUCUGAGUA